AUGUACAUCACUAUCUCAGCUCCAAGGCAUAAAACGCUUGACACUUGCUCAAAUCCUGGCGAAAAAGAGGCGUCAAGAGAAAAUCGUCAUGUGCACAACGAUGCGCUGGUCGAUAUCCAACUCGUUGGCGAUUCUCUCGCAAAUGUUGUUUUAGGGGAACCUCGAACAACAGCUGUUGAUCUGGACACCAUGAUUUUGUUCGCCAAGCUCGUAGUAAAAGGCUCUCGCCGAUCCCUCGUGAUGUUCGACCUUCCGUACGGCACCUAUAAUACGCCGGAAGAAGCUGUCGCGUCAACUGUGAAGGUAGUCCAGGCGACGGGAAGCACAGCAGACGAUGCAGAAAGACUUCUGCAAGAGGCGAUUGACCUGCAGAAUGCAGGUGCUUCCCUCAUAGUCCUGGAGAUGGUCUGUGCUGAGGCGGCGGAACUGAUAUCGAAGACCCUGCGCAUCCCUACAAUAGGAAUUGGAGCAGGUAUCGGGUGUGACGGCCAGGUUCUGGUCAUUCACGACAUGCUGGGGCUAUGCGGCCCCGGAACUAAAGCUUUUAAAUUUGCAAAAAGAUACGCUAACCUGUAUGACGCUGCGGUCUCGGCUGUGGGGACCUACAGAGCUGAAGUGGUGGCAGGUUCCUUCCCAAGAACCUGCAAUUCAAGUUUCAUGAAACCAGCGGAAACCGAGAAACUGCAUGCCAGGUGCUCGGGCCGGUUGGCAGCAGAAGACGCGCCAAAGGUGUUACCUUCAGGAAAUGGCGUCACGAGUUCUCAUGCGUCUGACACAACGAUGGGGGGCACUACGCCGGUGGGCACCUCGCCCCACUCCGGCGAGCCCGUUCAAACAGGCCCAUACAAAGUAUGUGUGUUUGGUGGUGGCCGCAUGGGGCAGCUCCUUGCGUGGAUCAUGGCAGGUUCACCCUGCUUUUCCUCCAGUGAUAGUCGAGACAGUGCCGUCCUGCAGCAGAUGCAGAUGAGCGGAACAGAGGUUACUAUCUGUACAUCGAGAGAAGACUUGAUUGCUGCUUGUACCCAAGCGAAGGGACUGCUAAGCGUUGUGCAAUCAGCCAGCAGCCCACACCCGGGUGACUCCGAAGGGGGCGCCAAACAUUCGUUCAUGCUAACGAACGAAGUCGUCAACAUCGGCUGCCUGCCUACAGGCGCGGAAGAGCGCCGGCCAGUUAAAGUGAUUUCGCGGAAAGCAGCGGAGACGCUUGGUCGUGUGUUUGAUCUUGUUAUUAUAGCUUGUCUCUCAAGCGAUACUCAGGAGAUAGCUGAGUGUGCAUUCCGCUGUGCACGAGCUGACGGGACUGUAGCUUCUGUGCAAAACGGACUAAAAUCACCGCGUAUACUACGGUCACUGCAUGAUCGGCUGCUACUGUCCGAGGGCAGUUCUCCCCAUCUAGUGUUUAUGCCGACGUCCCUAGCUGCCGUUGAAGAGGAGCCACUGCGUAUUCAGAAGGUUGGCAAUGGCCACGUAAAGAUAUGCGGAUAUCUUCAAAGAGCAUUCCAGAAGGCUGAAGAGUUGCAUGCAAUGCUCGUGGCCAGAGGCGUGUCGUGCGAAGUCGUACCAUAUCAGCGGUUGGAUGAAGUGCUCUGGGAAAAGGCAGCAGUCAACUGCUUUAUCAACCCCUUGGCUGCUUUGCUAAACUGCGCCAAUGGUCAGCUCGUCGACCCCAGGAUGGAGCUUGCCAGGAAGCUUGUGGUUUCCGAGGUCGUGGCGGUUGCUAGAGCGAAAGGGAUCCCACUGACAUUUGCAUCUGCUUGUGCCGCUGCCGUCACUGUCGCCCGCGCGUCCAUGGAAAACAUAUCUUCAACGCUUGGCCAGCUUCGCCAAGGCCGCAAAGUGGAACUUGUAGAUAUUUCUGGAGAGGUAAUAAGAGAAGCGAACGCAGUUGGCCUGAAGGCCCCCGUUAACAGACUGCUGCUGGAGUUGGUAGGACUGCUCGAAACUACCCAAGCUCGCCGACUCCCAGUACAGCAGCAACUUCCGGGGAAAUGA